UAAAGCCUCUUUGACCCUUUUCCUCAUCACAACCACCUUCCACCACCGUCCACGACGGUGCAACAGAAAAACCCAAUCCCUACACACCUAAAACAAUCUCCAUUUUUCCACUCACAUUAAAUACUUUUAACAUCUUCUUCCCUAUAAAUACUCUACCUGCUCCCCACACCCCUUCAUCCCAUUCUCAUCUCUCACUAAACCCUCUUCACUUUCUCUCUCCUAAAAAUCCUCGCACACAAUGGCUGCCUUUUCCACCUCUGCUUCGCUCAGAACCUUCUCUGCCUCCCUUAAGCUUUCACCGAAAACCACCACCACUUCACCCGCCCAGAAACAACUGUUCUUCCGCCAAUCAAACCCCCUUUUCUCCCAAAACCUCUGCCUCGCUGCCGCCGGAGGUGCUGCUACAAGAUCAUUCAUUUGCAAGAGCCAGAGCAACAACCGCCCAGAUGCUUCAACACCCACUAAGAUUCAAGAGCUGUAUGUGUACGAGAUCAAUGAGCGAGACCGUGGAAGCCCUGCAUACCUCCGAUUGAGCCAGAAACCCGUUAAUUCUCUCGGCGAUCUCGUCCCUUUCUCCAACAAAGUGUACAGCGGGGACCUGAAGAAGCGGUUGGGAAUAACGGCCGGAAUAUGCAUACUGAUCAAGAACGAACCGGAAAAGAAAGGCGACCGGUACGAGGCGGUAUACAGCUUCUACUUCGGUGACUACGGCCACAUAUCGGUGCAGGGGCCGUACCUGACCUACGAGGACACCUACCUCGCCGUGACCGGUGGGUCGGGCAUCUUCGAGGGCGCGUACGGCCAGAUCAAGCUGCACCAGAUCAUUUUCCCCUUCAAGCUGUUCUACACCUUCUACUUGAAGGGGAUACCGGACCUGCCGGCGGAGUUGCUGGGCACACCGGUUCCUCCGUCAGUGGAGGUGGUGCCGACGCCGGCGGCAAAGGCUUGUGAGGCGGGGGCCACCAUUGCCAACUUUAGUGACUGAGGAUGUGGGAAUGAUCAUAAUGGUGGGGACUAUGAUGUGCAAUAAUAUUCACAUUUUUCAUGCCAUCUCAGUCUGUUGUUUUCUUUUUCCUUUCUUAAUUAUCGAGAGAAAUUAGCUUUGCUUUAUUAGGGCAGUAGCUAGUAGUGGACCAAUGAAUUUUCAAUAACAUAGUACUAGUAGUUUUCCUUUC